AGUUGGCGACAGCAGAACGUUUAAUGCCAGUUGUUAGGGAAGCUAGUUACCGCCAUCAUGCCACUCUUAAUAAUUUUGCUCCUGACAGCGUUGGCGACGCUAACCGGAAAUGGGAACGCAACAGCUACCGACAAUAUCCACAAGCAAAAUCUGCUACGUUGCUGCUAUACAGAAUCUUAUCGCUGCAAGGACAACGCUACUUGGACACCUCCUCAGGGAUUUUCGCUCAUCGACAGCGUCCCACAGUGUGGCCCACGCUCCCUAUGGCCAGUCUUCCACCAGCCGAAAUCUCUGGACAGGUUGUAUCUUCUGCCGCAGGGCAUCCUACGACAUAUAGCCCUAAAUCACGCCGAGCAACAGGUCGAUCUAGAGGAAAAUGAAUAUGCUGGCGCCCUCUAUGUGGAUUACAAGCCUGGACAAUUCUGUCUAGACAGGGUGAUAAAUGAGGAAAAACGUCUACAAGUAAAUUAUGCUGUAAUAUGUGCACCCGAUGUGAAAGGAUCUCAAAUAAAUGGGACAACUCAUCUGUGGAGACACAUUUUGGAUCCUGCCGGUCAUGCCCUUAAUAUUGCUUGUCUCUUAAGUGUUGCUGUCAUCUACUUUGUGAUUCCUGCACUGCGUGAUCUUGUAGGAAAUAUACUGACAACAAUGGCAAUGUGCAUGUUAGCCUCACAGGCUGCAGAGCUUGUGGCAUCAGUAACCCGAUUUUCAGCACAUGUUUCAUUAGUUGCAGCAGAUAUUGUGGCAUAUGCUGCUCUCAUGGCUGCUGCCUUUUGGCUCAAUACAAUGGGGUAUUACAUCUGGAGAACUUUCAGGUCACGGAAUGUGUUCUUGCGUGUGACAGAUGGGAGAAAAUAUUGCUACUAUUCCACUUAUUCUUGGUGUUGCACAGCUGUAAUGACUGCAGUAGCAGUAUUUGCACAUUACAUUCUGGAAUCUGGACAAAGAAAACCGACUGACAGUUCUAUAGGAUGGCUCGGUGUGUCUGUAAUUUUCACAGCAGUUGGAUUCACCAUCCUAGUGAACAUUUACUUCUAUGUAACAACAGGUCAUGCAAUUAGCAGGAUGUCAACGUAUGGAAGAAUACAUCAUAAAAUGAAAUAUAGCUUUGAGAUGUUCGUCCAGCUAUUUCUGGUUCUCUGUAUCAGCUGGCUCUUCAAGGGCCUAUCACGCUUGCCAUAUGAUGCUCUAUUCUAUUGUUAUGUUGUGGUCAAUGCACUCCUGGGACCACUUGUUGUUUAUGUUGUGAUUUGCAACCAACACAGGGUAACAUCUCAGUUAAGAGCUUUAUGUUGCUGUCCUUGUUGUAAAGCAAGUGAAGUGGAUGACUCUCCUGAAUGGGGUGAAGAACUUACCCGUAUGACAGGAGUAGGUGGCAUGACUGUAACCCAGUGCUGACACUUCCUAACUCUAAGUUCUUUUUUUUUUCUUUCCUUCUCCUGCAAAUGCUGUUAUUGGGACCAAUAAUGUACACAGUACUAAGUUGCAGAAAUGUAACUCGCAUGUAAUCUAGUCAUUUGUAAUUAAGAACUAAUUUUAUAUUUACUACACCUUUGCUUUUUUUUCUUAUUAUAAUUAUCUGAAAUUGAAUGAAAUUAUUUUCCUACCUUUCAGAAAGACUCACAUGCAAUGUUAUUGAUAUGUACACCUUACAAAAGUUUCUUUAGUAGCGACUGUUUUGCUAAUGUAACAUUCCAUAAAUGUUGUAUUGUAAUCCGAACCGAAACAGAUAGCUGCUACGAGAUAUAACCAUUAUACAAGAGUAAAAUUGUUUUAAGCCUAAUUGAUCUGUCACUUUCAGAUCACUGUGAAAGGGAUUUUUCCUUGUUAUGUUCAUAAAAAUAAGUAUCUGCUACCUUCGUUAAGGAAUCAAAAUCUAACAAAGAAAUUAGAUGAAGGCAUCCAACUGUGAUACCUACACGACAAUUAAAUUCAGAAAAGUAAAGAAAAUCAUACGUUGUUGAGAGAGUAAGACUUAACAUUAAAAAAAUUACAAGUCUUCCACUGAGAUGCUUUUAUAAGACUUUGUUCUAGUAGGAAUCACUGCCUAUUAGAGGGCAGUGUUUUCCUCCAUUAAAAGUUUCCCCAUCAAUUUCAUAAUGUUCCUCACUACACUUUUCUUCCUCAAACUUUAGAAUGACACUCAAAAGUAAUAACUUAUGUCAAAAGUAUAUUUUUAUAAUGAAAUCUAAUAUAUCUUCCCACAAUCAUGAGCAGUAAUACUUAAUGUCACACCUACCCUCAAUGACAAGUGUCAAUGCCAGCAACUAUUCUCGGCUCUGGCACAAUUUACUUUAUAUAAAUAAAAAUGGGUGAAAAAGAUAACUUCGCUUUCGAUACAGGUUGUGUGUGUGUGUGUGUGUGUGUGUGUGUGUGUGUGUGUGUGUGUGUGUUUUGCCAUAUGUUGUAAGUAGCACCUGAUAUUAUUAAAAGUAUUACAAUUUUUUAUUUGUUUUAUGAGUCUGUGAUUUGAUGGCUUACUGCCAUGAAUAGAGAGAAUCUCAAUAAAGUACUAUGUAUUCAAGUGGCAGCUUAGUUAUGUAGUUUUAGUAGUAGAUUUCUGUUCAUAGGCUGACACUUUAUUUGACUAUAUUUUACACUGUUUUAUAUUUGUAAUGUAACUUGCAACAACAUCAUUUGCAGACUUUGCGCUGAAUGUUUGUAUGUACCUCACUAUUUCAGUUACUCAAAUGGUUUCUUCCUACAAAUUGUAAUUGUUGCACAAUUUCUAGAACAGCAUGUGUUACUUCUAAAACCUUUUUGAUAUACAAGAUUAGUGACCAGGUUGUGUAUUUAGAUCGGACAAUUAUCAGACAGGUUCUGUUUUUAGAUCAGAUGACAUUUAUUUCUAUAACAAAAAGGAUGUAAUUUAGCAAUCGGCUGAAUGUACAGACACAUACAUAUUUUAUACUUUGGAUGAACUGUACUAUGAACUAUUAAAGAAAAAAAGACAAUUGUUACAGCUUAGUUCAUCUGAACACACCCAUGUAAUGCUGGUUUUCAUUGGUUUUAUUGUAAAGGUCAUUGUUGCUAACAACUGUUAAAGUAAUCAAACCAGGGAAAGGAAAUAUAUUGAAUGUUAAAUGGUUGAAUUUAUACAAGAUAGAAGAUCUGCAAACUUCAGUGAAUGAUGUCAGAUUUCAUGAGGUUUAUGUGAUGAUAAAACUUUAUUUAUGAUUUAUGACUUUUGCAUAUUUUGAGGAACAGAAAAAUUCUCUAAUGAUAUUUAAUCAUUUGCUCUCAUCUUUAACUUUCCGUCAACUUAUUAUUAGUAAUACCCUUUUUCUCUUGGCAAAGAAUUCAAAGAAUCAAGAUCUGUAAAAGCAGUCCUGUAAAAGCAGUCCUCAACCUCAAUUUUUACUUUAUUUUUAUACCUGCACAGUGUUGAGGGAGAAACAUUCACUCAGUAACUGUUGUAACACUGUUGACAGAUGACCUACUAGGUAAACAAAUGUUGCAUCUCGAGUUCCCCAAUCAUUCUAUACAAAAAUUUUUGAAAGGACAGAAACAAAAUAGCAAAGGAAAUAUAUACAGGCGUCAGUGAGGUAAAAAAGUUUUUUCUCCAUAUUAUCUUCCUUAUGAGGCUGUAUUUAUUAAUUUUCAGAUUUUAGCUUUCAUUUCUGACCUACCUUGUAGCUUAUCUUGCAGCUCACGAUUAGUUCACUGGAAUUUGAAGAUAAUUCAUCCAAUUCAUCUGAUCCAUUCUUUCCCGCGCAGCUCUCUCUUAAACAAUGUCUGAAGUACCACUUCCUUAACUCAAGUACAUGAAUCUAACUCAUAUUCGCUAUCAAUACCUUCUACCGUCUAACAACAGAAGUUAAAGACCCGUAUGUGUGUUUUGUUGUUGUUGGUGGUGGUGAUGUGUGUGUGUGUGUGUGUGUGUGUGUGUGUGUGUGUGUGUGUGUGAGAGAGAGAGAGACAGAGAGAGAGAGAGAGAGAGAGAGAUUUAAUAUUUCCUCUCUACAGUUUAUUUCAUUGUCUGAUUCAUAUAAAACAACUGCUUAGAAUGCAGUGAAGCUAGAUACAACCAGAACUGACACACAGCAAAAACAAGAAGCUGCAAGCUAUGUUAGUAAUAUCAAAUACAGCAAUUUUGUAAUUUUUAUCUGACUUCUUACUCUAGUACUACAUCAGGAAAACAACUGGAGUACUUUCAGAGCUAUGUUCUAAUUAUGUUCAUACUGCCAUUAAUUUAUAGAUCACAGUUAUUUAAAAAAAUUAUUUUUCGAGUUAAUCCACUCAGGAACCACCAUAACUCUCUUCCUUAUAAUGAAGAAUAUGUGAAUAAUGAACAGCAGUCCCCCCCCCCCCCCUCCCCUCCUCUAAGGGAAGGGAGUUACAAAAUAUUUUCAUGUUUCACUGAGUUCCUAAGAUCUCCAAGGAUGCAAUGCACUCCUGCAGUAUGACCAGUCACUACAACUGUUAAACUGAUUCAUAGACAGACCUUUCUCAGAUACAAGAGCUGUUACAUUUAAUGUACAGUAGAGGACAACUGCACUGUUAUUUAUGCCACUACAAUAAGAUUUUCUACCUCACAGAAAAUGAGCAACCACUGACUGAUACUUAGAAAAAACAAGUAAUAUUUUAGAAACCCUUUCACACUGCACUCUCCUGCACUAUGUUGCCAAAAGAACAGCUGGAGUAGUAAAUAAAGGAAAUUGCAAGCACAAAAUAGGAAGUGAUAAUAUAUGUUUCCCUGCUAACAAAUUGCAGUCAUUGACUUAAGUGUUAAAGUCUUCAUGAAAGCUUCUCUCAACAUAACUUACAAUGCAAUAUUGCACACUAUUCAUCUCUGCAAAAAUGAAUGACUUUUCCAAAACCAAAAUUAAGUUCAGUAGUCUUCACAUAAAAACCAUGAAUUCUCCUUAGGUCUCUUUCGUUCUACAAAACAUGAAAAAUUUAUGGACAGAGUUAUACUUUCAAUAAUACGAGAUAAAAUAUAAGCGGGAUUUUUUAUUUAAAUUCAUUUAUUGAAAAAUUCAAAGCAAUUAUAAUUAUUCCACAUAGCCUCCUGCUUUGGAAAUGCAUUUGUCCCAGCGUAUUGGCGGCUUUUUGAUGCCCUCAUCACAAAAGGACUUGGUCGUGUCACCAGCCGGUUGCACACGAAGUCUUCCACACUCUCAUCAUCUUCAAAUCAUCGCCCUCCUAGAGCUUCUUUAAGCAGUGCAAAUAAAUGGAAAUCGCAGGGCGAUAAGUCCGGGCCCUAAGGAGGAUAAUCAGGCUUAGUCCAGUGCAUUUCCUGUAGCUUGGAGACAGAGCUGCAGUACGGGGUUGCGCAGUGUCGUGGAGGAGGAUGACCUGCCGAAUCGAUUGGUUUUGUCUUUUGCGGCAAUAUGCAGCUCUCGCUGCCUUGUUCGGCAGUUUGCAGUAGUAAGCAGCAUUGAUUGUGCAUCGCUCAUGCAAAAAAUCAAUCAGCAAAAUGUCUCGCUGAUCUUUCAACCGAAAGAACCUUGCCAGCUGAGAGUCGAGUCUUGUCUUUCACUGAUGCUGCUUCCUCUUUCCUCCACCACUCCUUACUGGUUUGUUUGGAUUCUGGAGUGUAAUGGUGAAACCAUGUUUUGUCGCAGGUGACAAAGCGACUUAAAAAUGCAUCACCUUCUUCCAAAAACCUUGCUGUAAGCCUCUGACAGACCUCCAAACAUCUCAACUUCAGAUCUUCAGUCAAAAGUUUAGGGAUUCAUCUGGAACACACUUUACGGAACUGUAGGUCAUUUGUGGUGAUUGCUUGACAGCUCGCGUAACUGAGACCAACUUUGUGCAAUUUCUCAUACUCUCUCCCGUCGAUCAUCAUCAACAACGUCUUUAACCGCUCAAAUGUUUUUGUCUGUAAUGCUAGUCCGAGGACGGCAAUCAUGUUGCUGACUGUCCACUUGUUCUUAUCCUUCCUUGAACUUUUUAUGACAGGUAAACACAGGCGUCCUUGAUAAUGUUUUGUCAACAAACUGUGCAGUCAAUCCUUGGCAAAUUUCCACCACUGUAACUCCUUCACGAGCAAGAAAUUUGAUAAUUAUAUGUUGCGCAAUGGAGGGGUGCACCUGUUGCUCAGACAUUGUGAGCAUUACUGACAAAACAGUGAGAAAUAUCUAACAGCAAGCUCUCCUCACUUCUAACGGUCCCACCUAAGCAUAGCAGAAGUGCGGGGCCAGUCCUGCCAACUGUUGAUAUUCAGGAACAAAAAUCUCAAUUCUAUUUCAUCCCCCCUCGUAUAUCUGUCCUUAUAUUACUGUUUUCAUGAGGCAGUGGAAAGUGGUAGUGCUCAGCUUCUUGUGUAUAUAAAGCUGAUUUAAAAUGAAGAUGCUUACUAAUGUUUUAGAGCUCAACUCUCACUACUUUUUAAGCAGAACUAAUAUAAAUCAAGGAAAAAAAUAAGUGUCAACUGCCUAACUGAUAAUAAUAAUUGUCACCAUUUAUCUUGUCAAUUUCAAAUAUAGUUGAACAACAAAAGUGAGCUGAAAAAAGAGGCUAAUUUGGGAAAAACAAUAUAUUCUUUAAGGCACCUACCCAACAAACCUGGCAAGACCUGUGUAUACAAUUACUCUGUGAAUGUAUUUCAUAACAACAUCAGUAGAAAAUUACUGAAUGGGCAAAACUUGUGCUGAACUUAAUCUGUGCCCUGUAGGAAGCUUUUCAGAUAAGAUCAUUUUUAAUGUAAUAUAUUCUGUAUUUGUUUGGCAAUACUCAAAUUACGAACUGUGCAAUCACAAUAAACCAUGGUAACUACAUCAUGUACUUUUGUAAAGUGACUGCUCUGACUCCAUCAAAUAAUGUACUUAAAUAUGUAAUUACUAUAUUGUAUUUUAAUGUGAAUUAAAUUAUAUUGUAACAUUAA